AUGGCCUCAAACAUUCAACAACCAGAAAACAAUCAAGUGGAAAAUGUUGAGGAGGAAGAGGAUUGUGGCAUUUGCUGGAUGCCAUUUGAAGCCACUGGAACUUGUCAUCCAACAACUUGUUCUCACAAAUAUCAUAAGAACUGUUUGAAAAACUGGUUGAUUGUGAGUUUUUUUUUGACUUCUUAAAUUGUAAUAACGAUCCGAUAGACAAAUAUUUCACAAUACUUCAUAAAAAUUUCAGAAUAAUCAACGAACCUGCCCACAAUGUCGUAGAAUUGUGAAGAAAAUCGAUACCAAUGGUGUUGUGACCCGCGUCAAAAUGGGAAUGAAUAGAGGUAACACAGUGAGAUGUGAUUGCGGAAUCGAUUCAAACCAAGAUCCCGCUCAUUUCAUCUGUUGUGACAGAUGUAAUCUCAGAGUUCACAUGCCUUGUAUUCCUUUGGCAACGGUUCCAGAUGGUCAAUGGAUUUGUGAAAUGUGUACUAGACUUGAUGAAGAACUCGCCGAGGUAAUCAUUAUUUGAAAUUAAAAUAUAUUUUUUAAUGUAUUUUUCAUGAUUUCAGAUUUCGCAAUGGUUUCACCCUGCACUGUUCCCGAGUUUUCUCAGUCAGUUUACUGAUCCAUCACGCUUCGCUCAUUUAAACAUUGCACCUGUGAGAAAUCCAGUUGGUAAGUCACUAUAUUUUUUUUAUUUUUUUUCACAAAAUAUUUUUUUAGCCAAUUUGGAACAAUUUAUUAGGGGCCCAAUCAAUCGAAAUGGUGUACACCCAGAGGUAAGAAAGUUUUGUAAUUUCUCAAAAAUCGAACAUUUAUGUUAGUAGUUAUUUUUUAAAAACUCGCGUGAAUUGACGGAUUAGUUUUUUAAAAUCGCAAAUAUUGUCAUACUGUAGAAAAAUGGGAGGAGUCACCUGUAGCCACUAAAAACACAGCGUCUCCCAUUCAAAAUUGAAAAAUUGCGAAAGAGGAAACAGUUGAUCCGACGCACAAAUGCACAGUUUUUUUUCUAAAAGCAUGACAAUUAAUCAUAAGAUUUUUGUGAAUUUUUUUCUGUUAAUUCAAACAAAUGUUAUUUUUUUCUCUGAAGAAUCUGCGUUGAAUACAUAUCGAUAAAAUAAUUUUGCAGGAAUUUAACCGCCUUCGUGAUGAGGAAGAUAUCGAUUAA